AUGACCGGUAUGAAGCGAAGCGGCAGCAAUCCAGGUGUGAGUGGGCAUGAGACGCUGGCGAUCCCACGGCUCAUGAUCCAUUUGGUACUGGCAGCCGUUUUUGGCACUUUUGUCCCUGGCUCGCCUCCUCCCGACGCACAGCAAUUGAUGGGAGGUGCGGGAUGUAUCGAGAAGGGAAGCGGUAUUUCCAACCACACUCCUUCGGCACGGCUGACUGCCCUUGACACCGUACCCUAUACCCAUCUAUUUUACAGAUUGUACCAUCGAGAAGUGGAACCCUCUUUGGACCCCUCCGUUACGGCGAGCCUAAAUGUCUUGACCUGGGCAAGAUGGGUGGCUGAGGGGUACGGGGUAGAAAAUGAGUGCAUCAUGGGGUCGCCGCGUGAUGGAGGCACGCCACCUGCUUUUUGA